AUUGCAAAUUCGCCUGCUACCCAAAAUUAGCUAGCAGCUGUCAUUUAAUUUAAAAAUUGUAUACUUUCCAGCAGUGAAUUUGUGUAAAACUACUUCGAUUGUUGAGUACACAAAUGAAAAUUUUGUAGAAAAUAAUUAGGAAACAAUAUAUCGGAGCAAUGCCAAGCGAAAUAAUUACAUUGCAAUUGGGCCAGUGCGGCAAUCAAAUUGGUUUUGAGUUUUGGAAGCGUUUGUGCCUCGAACAUGGAAUAUCACCUAGUGGUGUUUUGGAGGAUUUCGCUACCGAUGGUGUAGAUAGGAAGGAUGUCUUCUUUUAUCAGGCAGAUGAUGAUCAUUACAUACCACGCGCCGUGCUGCUGGAUUUGGAACCUCGCGUCAUACACUCUAUUAUGAGUUCGCCAUAUGCCAAGCUCUACAAUCCAGAGAAUGUCUAUUUGUCAAAACAUGGUGGUGGUGCUGGCAAUAAUUGGGCUUCUGGCUAUAGUCAAGGAGAAAAAUUGCAGGAAGAAGUUUUUGAUAUAAUUGAUCGCGAAGCGGACGGAAGUGACUCGUUGGAAGGUUUUGUGCUUUGCCAUUCUAUAGCUGGUGGCACUGGCUCCGGGAUGGGAUCUUAUAUUAUGGAACGUUUAUCAGAUCGUUUUCCUAAAAAAUUGAUACAAACUUACAGUGUUUUCCCCAAUCAGGACGAGAUCAGUGACGUUGUUGUGCAGCCAUAUAACUCAAUGCUAACACUGCGCCGUCUAACAAGUUGCGCGGACUGUGUUGUGGUGCUAGACAAUACCGCUCUAAAUCGUAUAGCCACCGAUCGAUUGCACAUACAGAAUCCAAGCUUCACACAAAUAAACACUUUGGUUUCGACCAUAAUGUCUGUCAGCACUACAACUCUACGCUAUCCUUCAUACAUGAAUAAUAACCUAAUUGGGUUGACAGCACCAUUAAUACCAACGCCACAGUUGCACUUCUUGAUGACUGGCUAUACGCCAUUGACAACGGAUAACGAUCAAACUGUAAAUGUACGCAAAACUACCGUAUUGGAUGUUAUGCGUCGCCUCUUACAACCCAAAAAUAUGAUGGUAUCUACUGGCCCUGAUAAAACUAAUCACCACUGUUAUAUUUCCAUUUUGAAUAUAAUACAAGGUGAAGUUGACCCUACUCAAGUUCACAAGUCAUUGCAACGUAUUCGUGAGCGCAAGUUAGCACAGUUUAUUCCAUGGGGUCCCGCCAGUAUACAAGUGGCACUGUCACGCUCUUCGCCCUACGUACAAAGUAGCCAUCGCGUUUCAGGUCUUAUGCUCGCAAAUCACACAAGCAUUUGUUCCCUGUUCGAACGUGCGCUUGGACAAUAUGAUAAGCUUAAGAAACGUGGUGCUUUCCUAGACCAAUUUCGGCGCGAGGACAUUUUCAAGGAUGACUUAUCUGAAUUGGAUGAUUCACGCGAUGUUGUCGAUUGUUUAGUGCAGGAAUAUGAGGCGGCAACUCAACCAAACUACUUACAGUGGUCGGCGAAGAAAGGUCAAGACGACGGCAAUUAAGGAACAAAAACGCCGAACGCAAAUAAUAUAGAUUAUACCUACAAUUGUAGGUUUUAUGUUGCCAUAUAAGGGAAUCAAGUAUUUUAAAUUGCGUAUGCACAUACUCAAAUUCGUUCGACACAAUUGUUGCUAAAUAAAUAAAGUGCACUGAGCUUAUCGUAAGUGCAGUUCAACCGCACUCUGAGAAUACUCAA